CACCUCCCGUCGGCGAUGGCGAUGACCGCUACCCUGCUCCUCUCCCAACAAAGUCAGGUCUACCUCUCCUGUGAAGAUGUAGCAGAACACAUGUUCGUAAUUGAUACACCUAGGCUCAGCUUCUCUAUUGGUAUGAAGGCGUGGAGCGUGAUUCUCUUGUUUUCAACUCGAGGCGAUCAGGCCAGUAAACAUGCUAAGCUUGCCUGGCUGGCACACACGCUUAGGCACAACAAUCGGCCCCGGCACCGCGCGCCAAGGCGCGCUGCAGCUUCUGGCUCUUUUGCUCCCAAGCUGGCCUCGCUUUCCUCGGUGGUCAGCGGGAGAAGCAUGAGGCGCUGCACCUCUGACCCCGUAGUGCUCAGCUCCAAUUCAUCAGGGAGGCCAGCGGCAAGCAUCAAGUUUCCCUUGGUGCUUCCUCAUCAAGGAGGACGACUCGGGCAGCGCCGUCCUCAAGGUCCUCGCUGCUUCGACCCGCCUCUUCCGUGCACUUUAUCCUUCCCUAUUUCUCUUACCGUCGUCGUGCUCGUGCUGCUGCUGAUCAUAACCUAGGUUGCUAUCACUCCUCGGCACUCCGCAGGAUAGGCACAGCCGCCACCACACCGCAGAGAUGGACAAGGAUGUGAUGCUGCUCCUUCUUGUGGUGUAUGCGUUGGCGUGGCUUGCGGUAGUGAGGCAUAUCCUCGUGGGCAAUGCUAUUUGAAGACCAUUCAAGUGAUUUAAAAGAGAAAAUGUCCAGAAUGUAAGGAGGUUGAAGAUGACGAUCAAAAGAUUGACAUAUUAAGCCACUGCCAAGAUGCCAAUAAUGCUUGCCCCUGCCAUUAGUAAUACCCUUGCUCUUCUUUAUGAAAUCUUUCCUAUUAUAUAUUGAUGCAUCAACUAUCGGUGCAGAUUGCGAGAUCCCUAUUUAAAUGCAUUACUCAGCGGCUGGCCGUGCAUAUGUGUUUCCACCCAUCUUAUCAAUUGUAGGCUUAGAAUGAUUUAUUUCGUCCAAGUGUUGUUCGUCAACAAUUCCUUUGCAUAUGUCCCACCCAUCUUAUCAAUUGUAGGCUUAGAAUGAUUUGCUUCGUCCAAGUGUUGUUCGUCAACAAUUCUUUUGUUUGUUCAUGUCGAUUCUGGUUUUAGAGGACACA